CCUCUGAAUGCACAAAAUAAAAACGCUUCACGAGACUGGACUCCCUCACCAAAACUCUAAGUCGGGCCCCGAGUAUCUCAGCGGGUUUAAAUCACAUUGAAGACUUGAUUCCAAACUUGCUUACCAGUCGCGCUCGAGACUGUUUUGUUGUUUUUGCCCGAGAGAGCCUUUUUGUCUCCUACGAGUUUCCGUAGAUGCAGGAAGUAUAGCAGCGCGCCUGUGUUCGUAUUUCGCGGGAGUUCAACUACCGCUAAGCACUUUGUCAGCUCGUGUGGUCAUUUUUAAGAAAUUUAUAACACAAUGAGUUUGUGGGUGGAUAAAUAUCGACCGACUUCCCUCGGAAAACUAGACUUUCACAAAGAACAAGCGACUCAGCUGAAACACCUGGUUCAGUGUGGCGACUUCCCACACCUGUUGGUGUACGGCCCGUCAGGCGCAGGAAAGAAGACCCGCAUCAUGUGUCUGCUGAGAGAGCUGUAUGGACCAGGAGUGGAGAAGCUUCGCAUUGAGCAUCAGACUGUUGUGGCUCCAUCAAAGAAGAAAAUUGAGAUUAACACAAUAGCCAGCAACUAUCACUUGGAGGUCAAUGCAAGUGAUGCAGGAAACCAGGACCGCGUGGUGAUCCAGGAGCUGAUUAAAACCGUGGCUCAGUCCCAGCAAAUCCAGUCAAGCACCCAGAAAAACUUCAAAGUGGUUUUGCUAACCGAGGUGGACAGACUGACAAAAGAUGCUCAGCACGCUUUGCGCCGCACGAUGGAAAAGUACAUGGCGACCUGCCGCAUCAUCCUCUGCUCAACAUCCACCUCUAAAGUCAUCGAGCCAAUCAGAAGCCGUUGUUUGGCUGUCAGAAUUCCUCUGCCAAGCACAGAGGAGGUCUGCAGCGUUCUGACAUCAGUCUGUAAAAAGGAGGGUCUGCUCCUGCCCCCCGAGCUGGCCAAGCAAAUCAGUGAGAAGUCUGGUCGUAACCUCCGCAAAGCCCUGCUGAUGUGUGAGGCCUGCAGAGUGCAGCAGUACCCGUUCUCGGUUGACCAGGAUGUCCCGGAGGCGGACUGGGAGGUCUACCUGAGAGACACCGCCAGUGCCAUUGUCAGUCAGCAGAAUCCCCAGAGGUUGUUGGAGGUUCGAGCCAGGCUGUACGAGCUGCUGAUUCACUGCAUCCCUCCUGAUAUUAUCAUGAAGGGUUUGGUGAGAGAACUGUUAAGUAACUGUGACGGGCAGCUGAAGACCGAGGUGGCCCAGCUGGCUGCUUACUAUGAACACCGACUGCAGCUGGGCAGCAAAGCCAUCUACCACCUGGAGGCUUUCACGGCCAAGUUUAUGGCCUUGUACAAGAAGUUCAUGGAGGACGGUCUAGAUGCUAUGAUGUUCUGAGCUGCAGAUGGACCUGGAUGUUUGUGAAGUGAAUUGACGAGCCCAACGUGACUUUCAGAGAGCAGCCGUCACACGUGUGCGUUGGUGGUUUUGGUUCAUGUCAGGGAUUGUUGCUCAUAUUGACGGCAUCGUGCUAAAACUGGUAAGACCUGUGGGAGAAGAGUUUUGGUGAAGCCGGCAGGGAAACAAGGAUUUGUAUUAAAACAUUCUGGAAAGUUACAAUAAAUUGUUUAUAACACGA